CGGUCUUGUUAUUAUAUAUAUAUCACACACACCACAUAUAUAUAUAUUUAUCUCUCACACUGGUCACUACUUGUGCCUCACAAAGACUCAGCGUCAGGCCCGGGCGCUGAAUAAAAUAACCGGUGGAUUUAGGCAAAAGCCGACUGAAUUAUUGCGGGAGCCCUCGGGUAAUAGAGCGCACGACUCUCCCAGAGCAGUGACUCCGAGCGCCGCCGGAUUUUACCGAACACCUAGACCACGCCCUCACGCGUCUAAAACAAUCGCCACUCGCCUUUGGCUCCGCCUAUUCACCUCUCAACGUACUGACUCGCCCGCCCCUUAUUUCUCCUCAGUUUUCCCCUCCCACCCCGGCUGCACAAACCUUCUGAAACUCCUCCCUCCCUAACCCGGCCAUAGAGCUAAAGGUUUCCUUUUAAUUCCCGCCCUAUUUUCCGGAUCCCCUCCGACAUACGUCACGCGGUUGCCCUGUAAUUUCCCAGCGCUGGCACCCGCCCAUUUUUUCCGACCGCCUCCAAUUUCCUAACGCCCCGCCUCUUCCCUUAUAUACUCUCCGUUAGACCCGCCCCUUCCUAUAUAUACACUUCACGUUAGACACGCCCUUCCCCGAGUACCUCCGAUCUUUCUACUCUAGCUCCACCUCCAUCGCCCGAAGCCCUGCGGUAUCCCCGCCCCGGCCGGCAGCCCUGUCCCCGAGCGGAGCCGAAGCUUUCCGGAGGUUGCCGAGAGUCCGUCCUGCCGGACUAGUGGAGGCGGACGCAGCGCCAUGUUGGAUGCUCCGCUUUCUGAGUGAGGAAAAUCAGCCGGUUGUGAGGAGCCCCCGAAGCGACAGCGGCACCCGCCCCCCUGGGCCGUGUCCCUCCCCCAUGAGGAUCGGGUGUUGAGCCCCUGCCGCCUCCCCACUGCCCCUGUGCCCCGGGGGGCCCCGCUCUGUCAUGAGUCUCCCCCAGAAAGCGGCCCUCAAGCCGACCGGCACCGGAGCCCUAGUGCUUGGCCCUCCCCCCACUCUUGUCCCUCCCCCCGCGGCCCCCGCCGCCAUCCGGGCCCUUCAACCGCCGCCUCAAAUAUCCAGGGGAGCCCUGCAACAGACCCUCGAUGAGCGAAUCUUCACCCCCUCUGCCGUGUCUGCCGUCUACAGCACAGUUGCAGCACAAGUAGCCAGGCAGCCCGGCCCUCCAGCUCCAUCUCCCUAUUCUACACAUGAUUUAACCAAGGGACACCCCAAUCUGGCUGCCACCCCUCCUGGACAUGCCUCCUCCCCAGGACUCUCACAGGCUUCCUAUGCCUCCGGCCAGAGCCCGGCGCCCACCCUCGUCUACCCUCAGCCACCGCAGACUAUGAGCUCUCAGCCCCAGACUCGCUCACCAUUUGCAGCUGGACCCCGACCCGCCCAUCACCAGGGAGGAUUCAGACCCAUCCAGUUUUUCCAGAGGCCCCAGAUUCAGCCCCCCCGUGCCGCCAUCCAGACCAGUAGCCCCUCCAUCCGGACUGGAGCCCAGACGCAGAGUGCAGUGUAUCAGCCCAACCAGCACAUCAUGAUGGUCAAUCACCUGCCACUGUCAUACGCCAUGCCCCAGGGACCCCAGUACUGCAUCCCCCAGUACCGACACAGCGCUCCUCCAUACGUGGGGCCUCCUCAGCAGUAUCCAGUCCAGCCGCCUGGUCCUAAUCCGUUCUAUCCUGGCCCGGGUCCUGGAGACUUUCCAAACCCUUAUGGAGCCCCGUUCUACUCGAGCCCUCCUGUGUACCAGUCUGCGCCCAUCAUUGUGCCAACACAGCAGCAACAGCAGCAGCCCCCGCCUCCUGCCAAGCGAGAGAAGAAGCCGAUUAGAAUACGAGACCCCAAUCAAGGGGGCAAAGAUAUCACAGAGGAAAUCAUGUCUGGAGUGGGCAGCCGGAACUCCACCCCACCCAUCCUCAGACCCAGCUCUACACCGACGCCCCCUCAGUUUUUCUGUUCGCGCGCUCAUUAUCACCCUCUUUUGUACUUCAAAUCCCAGCAGCUGCCUAGCCAGGAGCAUGGCCCAGUGGUGUACAGGACUUUGGGGAGUCCUCAUCUCAUGGCAACUUUCCCUGCUGCUCCUGUCAGCGAACCCAAACCAGAGGAGAAGCCAAAACCAGACCUCACAUUAAAAUCCAGCCCUCCCCUGUGUGUGGGGCCCGAGUCCAUUGAUUUUGACAGCAGUGAUGCCAUGGAACAGGGGCCCAGACCCGCCUCUUCUGAACGAGCUGAACCAUGUCUUCUGCGGGGGGUAUCACCAGCUCCCAUUGUAGUAGCCACUGUGCCCAGCACACAAGCCUUUCCUUGCCACCUGGAAGAUACGAGGGGAAGCGAGAGCCCAACACAGGCCCCUACCCCCACCCCUCUGCAAGACUUGGACCCGGCUGAGACAGAGGAGAGUGUAUGCAAGGACUCUGUGGGGCAAAUCCCACCGGCUGAUGCCCCAGCGACUGCUCAAGAGAUGAAUGGACUAGGGGAUGAUAUUGGCACAGCAGACGGUGCCCUGGGGGAGGAACCAGCAGAAGUGGAUUUGGCCGAGUUGCCCGACUUGGCCACAUCGAUGGAUUCAGAGAUUGAAUUCACUACUCCUUCCAACGUGCCUCUCUCCUCCCCACAGCCCUCUCCUCCUCCUCCUCUCAUUGCUGCUACUCUACUCACUACCACUAGACUCUCCCCUCCUGCCGCUGCCCCCCCCUGUGCCCAAGAUGUGGAAGAGCAGGAGGACGAGGGCACAACUUCCAUCCUAGAGAGUGAAGCAGAGGAACAGAACAAAGGGAAAACAGAGGGGGACUCCGAACUGGAAGCCGAUGUGAAAUUCCUGAGCAUCAGCUCUACACAAAGCCCAGUGGAAGCCCCAACCACCGCCAUAAGUGCACCAAAGAUGUGGCAGAAACCAAAAGAUGAGACUCUAGAUAUGGGGGAGACUUCACAGUCCGACGCAGAGCCACAAUAUGAUGCUGAUCUCCUGGAGGACAAAGUCACAGAAGUGGAUCAAGAUCCAGUCACCUGCAGCAGCAGCAGCGCAGUAGAAACAGAGCACCUGUACCUGAGCAAUAUGAAAGCACAGGAGCAGAAUGGAGAGGUGGAACCAAUACGCAAUGGGGCUGAUGCCAACUCUGAGGGUGAAGGGACAGAUUUACCAUCAAGCUCAGAGGAAGGUUCGGCCUACCCUUAUACUAAAGCAGAGGGCAGUGCAGUUGAGGAAUCUUCUGAUGCCUCUCAGGAGCCCCCGGCACCCCAAGCUGAUGGCAAGCGUCAGUAUAAUCGGGAUUUCUUGCUGGGCUUCCAGUUCAUGCCUGCGUGUGUUCAUAAGCCUGAGGGCCUUCCCCCAAUCAGCGAUGUCGUUCUGGACAAGAUCAAUCAGCCCAAGUUACCCAUUAGGGCCCUGGACACUCGGAUGCUGCAGAGAGGGCCAGACUUCACCCCUGCCUAUGCAGAUUUUGGGAGACCUGCCCCCGGUGGCCGAGGCAUGCCACUACUGAGUGUGGGUCCCAGGAGGUCCCAGCCAGGACAGAGGCGGGAGCCCAGGAAAAUCAUCAUGAAUAUCUCUGUGAGCGACGACAUCCACUUGAAAAAAGCAGAAAACGCCUGGAAGCCCAAUGUCAAAAGGGAAAGUCUGCCGGAGGAUCCAGACAGCAUCAGAACUCAGGCCCUGUUCCGCAAGGUCCGAAGCAUUCUGAACAAACUCACCCCCCAGAUGUUCAACCAACUCAUGAAGCAGGUGACGGAUCUGACUGUAGACACGGAGGAGAGACUCAAAGGAGUCAUUGAUCUGGUGUUUGAGAAAGCAAUCGAUGAGCCCGGCUUCUCCGUGGCCUAUGCCAACAUGUGCCGAUGCCUUGCUACGCUGAAAGUGCCGAUGGCCGACAAGCCGGGGAGCACGGUGAACUUCCGCAAGCUGCUGCUGAACCGCUGCCAGAAGGAGUUUGAAAAAGACAAAGCAGACGACGAUGUUUUUGAAAAGAAGCAAAAAGAUCUAGAAUUGGCCACAACGCCAGAGGAGAAGUCGCGGCUACAGGAGGAGCUGGAAGAGGCUAAAGACAAAGCCCGGCGCAGGUCCAUUGGGAACAUAAAGUUUAUUGGAGAGUUAUUUAAGCUGAAGAUGCUGACAGAAGCCAUUAUGCACGACUGUGUGGUCAAACUGCUCAAGAACCACGACGAGGAAUCACUCGAGUGCUUGUGCCGGUUACUCACCACCAUCGGCAAAGACCUGGACUUUGAGAAAGCCAAACCACGUAUGGAUCAGUACUUUCACCAGAUGGUGAAGAUCGUAAAGGAGAGAAAAACCUCUUCUAGAAUCCGGUUUAUGCUGCAGGACAUUAUAGACCUCAGACUGAAUAACUGGGUGUCCCGGAGGGCAGACCAGGGGCCCAAGACCAUCGAGCAGAUCCAUAAAGAGGCCAAAAUAGAAGAACAGGAGGAACAGAGAAAAGUGCAGCAGUUAAUGACCAAAGAGAAGAGGAGACCAGGGGUGCAGAGAGUGGAUGAAGGCGGAUGGAACACGGUGCAGGGGGCAAAGAAUAACAGGGUGCUGGACCCUUCCAAGUUUCUGAAAAUCACUAAGCCCACCAUAGAUGAGAAGAUCCAGUUGGUUCCCAAAGCUCAGCCUGGCAGCUGGUUAAAGGGGAGCAGUGGAGGUGCCAAGGCCAGUGAGACUGAAUCUCUGAGACCAGGAGCCCCCGGCCUGAACAGGUUCUCUGCCCUGCAGCAGCCACUCUCUUCUGUGUCUUCUUCCUCCUCCUCAGCUGAUCUGGAAUCUCGCAGGUUAAUAACCAGUAGCCGUGGAAGUGCAGGGCGAGAGAAAAACGACAAAUCUUCUGCACCUUCAUCCGUCUCCGCUGCACCCCGUCCCAGCCCCCCCCUGCACGACUUGGGUGAUAAUCAGGAAGAACAUCGCCGGGAGACCCUCCAGACUGUGAAACAGCUGAGCAGCAUCACUGAACCCGACAAGAACACUGUGCCAGAAAGACGCCCCAAAGAGCCAGCCAAGUCCGAGCCAUCAGAACCAGACAAACUAACUCUGUCGGAAGAGGAGAUGGAGAGGAAAUCCAAGGCCAUCAUUGAUGAGUUCCUCCAUAUUCACGACUACAAGGAGGCCAUGCAGUGUGUCGAGGAGUUUGGUGCCAACGGGCCGCUGUCAGCGUUUGUGCGACAGGGAGUGGAGUCGACGCUGGAACGGAGUCAGAUCACCAGGGAUCACAUGGGACAGCUCCUCUACCAGCUGGUCCAGUCGGGCACACUCAGCAAACAGGACUUCUUCACAGGGUUCUCAGAGACUCUGGAGCUGGCAGACGACAUGGCUAUUGAUAUCCCCCACAUCUGGCUGUACCUAGCCGAGCUGGUGACCCCCAUGUUGAAAGAAGGCGGGAUCUCUCUACGAGAACUGAUAACAGAGUUUGGUAAAGCUCUGCUCCCUGUGGGACGUGGAGGAGUAUUAUUGUCAGAAAUAUUGCACCUUCUAUGCAAACAAAUGAGCCAUAAGCGAGUAGCCACAUUGUGGAGAGAGACCGGACUUCAGUGGAAUGACCUGUUACCUGAAGGAGAAGAUGUCCAGAGCUUUGUCAGUGAGAAGAACUUGGACUUCACGCUGUCCGACUGCUCCAGCCCUUCUGAGAAUCUUUCCAAGAAAGAGAUGUCGGCCGAGGAGCAGAACAAGAGGCUGGAGCAGCUCAUUAUACAGGAAAAGGCUAACGAUGAGCAGAUCUUUGAUUGGGUAGAGGCUAAUCUAGAGGAGAGUCAGAUGAGUUCGCCUACAUUCCUUAGAGCUUUAAUGACGGCGGUGUGCAAAACGGCAAUUUUAGGGGACUGUUCUUCCUGCCGCGUGGACACUUCCUUCCUCAAGCAGAGGGUUCCAGUUCUACUAAAGUAUCUGGACUCUGACACAGAGCGAGAACUACAAGCACUUUAUGCACUACAAGCAUUAAUAGUAACACUUGAUCAACCUCCCAACUUGUUGCGCAUGUUUUUCGAUUGCCUCUAUGACGAGGAGGUGAUUUCGGAGGACGCCUUCUACAAAUGGGAGAGCAGUAAGGACCCAGCAGAACAAGAUGGCAAGGGGGUGGCACUAAAGUCGGUGACGGCCUUCUUCACGUGGCUGCGGGAGGCAGAGGAGGAGUCGGAGGACAACUAGAAACUUGAAUGAAAUCGCUCAGCCUCUCCCGCAGCCGCUCGGAGCAGUUUCAGCCUCUUUAUUCACUUCAGCUUUUGGCUUUUCUCUCUUUUUCUUCCGGUUUCGCCAGUCGGGGUUCAGCCAAUCGGAUUCCCCGGGGGGGGGGGAUACGACGAACUCGAGGUUAUAGGAAAAGGUGCCCAAACCAGUGUUUAGAUUGUGGAGGUGAUCACCUCACAAUGUGAUGGGGAAAGUGUGACCCCCAGAUGGGCGAGGGGGGGAUUGACCCCUUUCCCACAUUCUAUUUAUUAGAGUCGAUAUUUUCUGUUUUAAAGUUUCCCCACUUUAUUUUUUAAAAAAAAACUCCCCCAAACCAGAGACUCGUCUUGAAACCUCCAAUCACUUGAGAGGAGAAAUAAUUUAUUGCUUUAUGGACUGCAGGUGCCAGUGGUUCUGAUACUUUUCUUUUAAUUUGUGGUACCGAUCAACUAACCCUAACAUAGGAGCUGGAUCCCUCUCCCUUGCUGUGUAGCCUCUUUGCCCUCACUAAGGUGGGGCUUUGCUUUCCCCCUGGGGAUCAGGGCACAGUUAGUCUGGAGCAGCAUCAGGAAUGGUCUGGUGUUAGCCGGGGAGCAUGCAGGUGUACCCCAAUUUCUCCAUGCAAGCAGUUGGAUUUGGGUUCUUCUAGGCCUUGUGCCCUGCCCUCUGUACCCAGCUGUGAUUGCCCUGGGUAUGUACCAAUCAGGGGAGUGGAUUAGGAGGUCCCCAUGUGUUGCCCACCUGCAGUCGCUACAUAGAAGGGAGAGGGGCAAAUGGGCUUGCAAUCUAGCUGUGGCCCUGACACGACUAUAAUAAAGAGCUGGAACUGAAUAUGGACUGUCCCGGAGAAGCUGAUCCGACUGCGGGGUCUUUCCAAGCAAUUGGCAAAAGAGACUGUGAGAUGCUUUUCUCUUACAUUGUAUUUCUAUUCAUUUUAGCCUGGUUUCCUAUGGAAAAGAAGGCUAAUAAAGUAACCUGUACCCUGA